AAUGUGAUAAAUUCUCUACUCACCAUUCGAAAUAAUCGGUUUCUUUAUUGCGAUCUAUUGAGAAUAACAAUCAAUUUUAACGUUAAAUUUUUAUUGCGAGAAAUAAAAUUUCAAAUAAAACCAAAAAAAAAAAAAAAAGAGUUUUCCCUCCUAAAAUAGUGUUGUUAAGAAAUUAAUUUUAAUCUUUUAAUAAAUUAAGUGUUUAAAAUGGCGACAAUAAAUUUUUUAAUAAUAUUGUCAAUUCUUACUGUUGUUAUUAAUAAUAGUGAAAUAAGUGAUGGUUACAGAAUUUUGGGAAUAUUUCCAUUGAAUGGAAAAAGUCAUUUUGUUAUGUGUGAACAAUUAAUGAAAACUUUAGCGAAAAAGGGUCAUCAUGUCGAUGUUAUUAGCCAUUUUCCUCUUAAAGAACCAAUUCCUAAUUAUCAUGAUUUAAGUAUUAAGGGCUCAUUACAUAAUGUUGUCAAUAACAUAACUUUCGAACAAUUUACCAAAUUUGGUCCUGGUGGUUUUAGCGAAUUUAUCGAUAUGGCCGGUAAUCAAAUAUGUAAAUUAUUAAGUCAUCCAGUUAUCAGUAAUGUCAUUAAAAAUCCUCCAAAGGACCCGCCGUAUGAUCUCGUCAUUGUUGAGGUAUUCGCGGCUCAUUGCUACUUUGCACUUGGACGACACCUAAAAGUACCAAUGAUUGGCGUUUCAACGGCGGCAUUAUACGAAUGGAUUCGCGAACCAAUUGGAAAUCCUGGUAAUCAGGCAAUAAUUCCUGGACCAUUCACUGGAUUAAAUUUCAAUAUGAAUUUUUGGCAACGUGUAAAAAACACACUAAUGUCACACUUUAUAAAGCAUGUAUUCAACUAUUAUGUGGACAAACAAUCGAAAUACGUCGAUGAACACUUUGGACCAGGUUAUCCGGACAUUUAUCAACUUUCAACGGAAUUAGAUCUUUUGUUAGUGAAUUCACAUUUCAGUAUUAAUGGAAUUCAACCUAUGACUCCAGCUGUUGUUGAAGUUGGAGGUUUACAUAUCGAGGACAGUGGAAGGAAAUUAGAUCCGGAUUUACAACAAUGGCUUGACGAAAGCUCGUCGGGAUGUAUUUAUAUAUCCUUUGGAUCAAUGGUAAAAAUAGAAUCAUUCCCAAGGGAGACACUUAAAGCUUUUUAUUCAACUUUUCGAAAUAUUGCGCCAGUUCGAGUUUUAAUGAAAAUCGCAAAUCCAAAGGAAUUGCCUGCAGAUUUACCGAAAAAUGUGAAAACACAUUCAUGGCUACCGCAGAUUCAAAUUCUGAAGCACAAAAAUGUGAUAGCAUUUGUCACUCAUGGAGGAUUAAUGAGUACUUUGGAGGCAAUUUACUGUGGAGUACCUAUGGUGGGAAUUCCACUCUUUGGAGAUCAGAUUAUUAAUAUAAAAUCACACCAAGAACGAAGAAUGGCGAUUUCAUUGAGUUAUAAAAAUAUCACCGAAAGUGAAUUCACAAAUGCUAUCAAGACUGUGUUGGAAAAUCCGGAAUAUAGACAAAACGUCGAGAGAAUAUCAAAGUUAUAUUACGAUCGACCAAUGAGUCCUCACGAUACUGCAGUUUUUUGGGUGGAAUAUAUAAUAAGACAUAGGAACGUUCUUCAUUCCCCUGCAAUCAAUUUAUCAUGGUAUCAAGUUCAAUUAUUGGACGUUUACGGUUUUAUACUCCUCGUUUUCAUCCUCGUUAUGUAUCUUUUAAUAUUAAUAAUUCGCGGUUUAAUUAAAUAUAUUUUUGGUACGAAAAAAAGGAAUAACAAAGCAGAAUUUCUUACUAAAAAGAAGAAAUAAUAAAUUCAUCAUUAUUAUAUAAUGCAAUUUAUAACUGCAAUUAAAAUACUCCUUCAAUUAGAUUUCUUCGUUUAAUUAAAUGAAUUUUAAAUAAUAUCUUUGUCUCCAUUAAUUUUAAAAAACUAGUGAAUGACUGACACGUACUUAUAAAAUAUCGUUGAUUUUUAUUUUUAAUUAUUACUAAUUGAAAUUUUUUAUAUUUGUAUCCAUAAUUUGUAUAUUUUCUCAUUAAUAAACCUAUUUUUGAAUUUUAAA